AUGAGCCAUUCGAAUAAUUCGCUGAAAUCACUAGCAGCAUCAUUAAAUGAAAUCCAUUCUCAUCAGCAGAAGCCAGGUAUUCCUGUGACAUUAAGAAAUAACAAUCCUGCCGAUAAAUUGCGUCCAGGAAGACAUCGUUGUGAUUGUCAAGCUAGAAUUCAUAAGUUGAUUCUGAAUUGCAUGAGUUGCGGACGUAUAGUGUGUGAGCAAGAGGGCAGUGGACCUUGUAUGUUCUGUGGUGAGCUUGUCUGUAGUCGAGAAGAACGAGAACUUUUGAAUCAGCAGUCAAGAAAAUCAGUUGAACUAUACAAUAAAUUAUGGGGAUGCAGAGAUGAUGAAACUAUUGGUAGAGGAAUAUUUUCUCUGGCAUCAGUCGGGAGCGCAUUAGCAAAAGCCGAGGAAUACAAGAAUAAAUUACUAACAGCAGAUUCUAAUACAGAAUUGAAAACACGCAUUCACGAUUUGGAAUCGGACUACUAUAAUACGGAAAAUAACGUGUAUUUGACAAGAGCGGAACGAGAAGCUAUAAUGGCUCGUAAAGAAGAAUUAAAAGAAUUAAGAGUAAGACAACGACGAGCUCUUAUUUUAGAUUUUGAUUUGGAAAAAGCUAGUGUUUCUGAAACCAAAGAAAAAUAUGAGGACACACGUGACCCAGUGAUCGAGUCAAUUUUGUCAUCUUCCAGAAGACGGCAACAAACUGAAGCAUUAAGGCCUACAGCAAAAUGGAGUCUAGAUGGAUUUACACUAAAGUACAAUAGCCAAAAGAAACGACGAAACAAUCAUGAACAAAAUAGCAAUGAUGAAGGUAACAUCGGAAAUGAAGCAUUUAUGAUGUUAAGUGAUGAAAUGAUAUAUAUGGAAGUGGCAAGAAAAGGUUAUUCGAUGGGUAUUGUUCAGCCUAUUGCAACAUUGCUAGCCUAUGGAUAUCGAAGGCAUCUUCCAUGGAAUGAAGAUGUUGAUAUUAGAGGACCAAUACUUAUUGCUGCGAAAGGCAAAGCUGUUUCGAAAAAUGAAAUUGAAAAGGAAAUCUCACAUUUUUGGCACUCUCUUCCAAAUAGUGGCAUGGAAAAAUAUGAACUUCCAUUAGAAUUCCCUUCGGGUGCGAUAGUGGGUCGCGCACUGCUUACUGAUUGUUUGUCGAUGAACGAGUAUGAAGAAAAGUAUGCAAACAAGGAAUGCUCUACUACUGAAGGAUCUUAUGUACUGAUAUUCGAUGUCUUUGAACCGUUGCGUGUACCUAUUCCUCACAUUCCUCUUUCGGAUGAUAUUUAUCAAGUUGACAAGCAAUUAUUGACUGUUUUAAAACAAAUUCUCGAACCAGUAUCUUUCUCUUGA